CUUCCGGUGAUCUGAAGCUUGGUGUGAAGAGAAGCAUGUCUGGCUGCCGGCUCUUGUCGCGUGGGGCAGUGGCUGUGGCCGCGGCGGCGAUUGCAGCGCGAGCUUCCCGGGUGUCCAGGGUCUUCACGGCGACGCACCGCCCGCUGCACACCAGUCUGCGGAGCUGCUCCUUCGCCAAGGAGCUUUUCCUGGGCAACAUCGAGCAGAAAGGAGUCUUCCCGUUUCCCGAAGUUGGUCAGGAUGAGCUUGAUGAAAUCAAUCAGUUUGUGGGACCACUGGAAAAAUUCUUUACUGAAGAAGUGGACUCUCGAAAAAUUGACCAGGAGGGAAAAAUUCCAGUUGACACCUUAGAAAAAUUGAAGAGCCUGGGACUUUUUGGGAUACAGGUCCCAGAAGAAUAUGGUGGCCUGGGCCUCUCCAACACCAUGUAUGCCCGGCUUGGGGAGAUCAUCAGCAUGGACGGCUCCAUCACCGUGACCCUGGCAGCACACCAGGCUAUUGGCCUCAAGGGGAUCAUCUUGGUUGGCACUGAGGAACAGAAGGCCAAGUAUUUGCCCAAACUGGCAUCUGGGGAACACAUCGCAGCCUUUUGCCUAACAGAGCCAGCCAGUGGGAGUGAUGCUGCCUCCAUCCAGACCAGAGCCACGUUAAGUGAAGAUAAGAAGUACUUUGUCCUCAAUGGCUCCAAGGUUUGGAUCACCAAUGGAGGACUGGCCAGUAUUUUUACUGUAUUUGCAAAAACUCAGGUGGUUGAUUCUGAUGGUUCAAUAAAAGACAAAAUCACUGCAUUCAUAGUAGAAAGAGAUUUUGGCGGAAUCACUAAUGGGAAACCUGAAGAGAAAUUAGGCAUUCGAGGCUCCAACACAUGUGAAGUCCAUUUUGAAAAUACCAGAGUGCCUGUGGAAAAUGUCCUUGGAGAAGUUGGAGGUGGCUUUAAGGUAGCUAUGAACAUCCUCAACAGCGGGCGAUUCAGCAUGGGCAGUGCUGUGGCUGGGAUGCUCAAGAAACUGAUUGAACUGACUGCUGAGUAUGCCUGCACAAGGAAGCAGUUUAAUCGGAAUCUCAGCGAAUUUGGUUUGAUCCAGGAAAAGUUUGCGCUAAUGGCUCAGAAGGCAUACGUAAUGGAGAGCAUGGCCUACCUCACCGCGGGGAUGCUAGACCAACCAGGAUUUCCCGACUGCUCUAUCGAGGCAGCCAUGGUGAAGGUGUUCAGCUCCGAGGCUGCCUGGCAGUGUGUGAGUGAGGCUCUACAGAUCCUUGGGGGCUCGGGCUACAUGAAGGACUACCCCUAUGAGCGUAUGCUGCGUGAUGCCCGCAUCCUUCUCAUUUUUGAGGGAACCAAUGAGAUUCUUCGGUUGUUCAUUGCCCUGACAGGCCUGCAGCAUGCUGGACGCAUCCUGACCUCAAGGAUCAAAGAGCUUAAAAGCGGCAAUGUGAUCACAGUCAUGGAGACAAUUGGUCAGAAGCUUCGGGACUCGCUGAGCCGAACUGUGGACCUAGGACUGUCAGGCAAACCUGCCGUUGUACAUCCCAGCCUUGGAGACAGUGCCAACAAGCUUGAGGAAAAUGUGUAUUACUUUGGUCGGACUGUUGAAACCCUGUUACUCCGGUUUGGAAAGACCAUUGUAGAGGAGCAGCUGGUGCUGAAGCGGGUGGCCAACAUCCUCAUCAACCUGUAUGCCAUGACUGCCGUGUUGUCACGGGCCAGCCGCUCCAUCCGAACUGGGCUCCCGAAUCACGACCAUGAGGUUCUGCUGGCCAACAUGUUCUGUGUGGAAGCUUAUUACCAGAACCUCUUCAGCCUGUCUCAGCUGGACAAGUAUUCUCCAGAAAACCUGGAUGAGCAGAUUAAGAAAGUGUCUCAGCAGAUCCUUGAGAAGCAAGCCUACAUAUGUGCCCACCCUCUGGACAGGACAUCCUGAGGCUAGGACAGUGCCCCUGUACCUACUACCUAGCCCAGGUUAACAUUAUUCAGCAUCUUCAGAAGACUGAAUCCUUGAUCCUUGUGGACUCUGUGUCAUUUGUAUAUAGUAAAGCAAUAGUAUGAACAACUAUUGCUCUGCAAAAGAGUGGUAGGUAGGUGUUGGCCUGUAGGUCCUGCGUCCAAGAGAUACCAUCUUGUGAAGGAAAGGAAGGAAGGAAGGAAAGACGGAAGCAAGGAAGGAAGGAAGCAAGGAAGGAAGGAAGCAAGGAAGGAUGGACGGAUGGGCGGACGGACGAACCAAAUUGUUAAAGAAAGAUGGAACCAGAUUAGUGGUGGCUCCUAUGUGUGGCUACAAAUGAUCAUUGAUCUCCAUGGAAAUGGCUCACUUCUAUGGCACAAAGUUCACAGGGAACUAGGGUGUAGGUAGCCAUUCCUACUAAACUAUACACUGAAGAAGCAAGCUGAGUCCAUAUCACCUACUAAAACCGCAUAUAGUCUGUGUAAGGAACCUUCUAAUAGAAAAGAAUGUAAAGUAUCACUAUUCAUGUCCCAUCUUCCAAUCAUGAGGGUGUCUUAACAAUAAAAUGUCUUCUUGGGUAUUGUA